AUGAUGCAAACCAAGAAGAUCAAGUACGACAUCAUCGGACUGACCGAGACGAGACGACGUCACCUUCUCAACGCCGUAUAUGAGACUGGAGAAGAAGUGUUCUUAGGAACAUGCGACAGUAGAGGUGUUGGUGUAGUUGAAGUUCUACCGAGAAGAUCAUGCCUUCUACAAGGUCAUAAUUGGCGAUUUCAACGCCAAAGUUGGCCCAAGAAGAAUGCCGGAGGAACUUCACAUCGGGACCCACGGCCUACAAUGGAACGACCAGGGGGAGGGGCUCUCUACGAAUGA